UUUCCAAAGGGCCUUUGCACAAAUGUGCCCUCCUCGAACUGCAACCACCUUCCCUUUUUUUUACCCAGUUUUUCCCUUCAAAGGGACGAAAAGCGCAUGUAAAAACGAGAGAGAGAAGAAAAAAAAAAAUCGGAGCGCACGAACCCACGAACAAAAGAGAAGGGGAGGGAGGGCAGAGACAGGAGGGAGCGCGAGGGGGAGGGGGCAUGGUCUCUCUCGUCCCAGCAGUCCCCGUCUCAAGCAAAGGCUCCCCCUCUUCUUCCGCCGCCCAGAUAUCUACCUGUGAUGAAAUUUGGCGGAGUGUUGGGGGGCUUCUGGGCCAAUCCGUGUGUACGUUCAAAGGCGCUGCUGCUUGUAUCUGCAACAAAUUGUCAUUGAGUUAGCGAAAGGGAAGCAGGGAGUAUCAUGGGUAUCUCAUCCAAGUGGAUUAAAUCUUUGGUUGGCAUAAGGAAGCAAGAAAAAGGGCAGAAUGCAGAAAAGCAAGAAAAAGGACGAAAUGCUGAGAGCAGUGAAACUAUGAGCUCUGCUAAUGAAUCGCUGCACAAACAGAAACAUUCUUUGGUUCCUGGAGGUGCACUUGCAGUCGAAGAAAUUGCAGUACAAAGUGGAGCAUUGACUGAUGACAAAAGCACACAGAUGAUUUCAAAUUCAAUUUGUUCAGACAAUACAUCACUUGAUGUGCAAAUUUCUCAGGCUGAACAUCAUAGUAAAGAAGAUUUGGCCGCAACUGUUGUCCAGUCUGCGUUUCGAGCGUUCUUGGCUAGGCGUGCUUUACGAGCUUUGAAAGGAAUAGUUCUACUUCAAGCCCUUAUUAGGGGUCAUUCUGUUAGAAGGCAAACAACAGAGACACUUCAAUGUAUGCAAGCGCUGGUAAAAGCACAAGCUCGUGUCCGAGCAAGACAGGUUCGUGUUGCCUUAGAGAAUCAAGUGGCAAGGAAAAAGAUUCCUGAACAAGAUGAUCAUGAGAACCAUGUCCGAGAAGUCGAGGGAGGCUGGUGUGGCAGUAUUGGUUCCAUGGAGGAAAUGCAAGCUAAAGCAUUGAAAAGGCGAGAAGCUGCUGCUAAGCGUGAGAGGGCAAUGGCAUACGCUUUGACUCAUCAGCGGCAAGCUGGUUCCAAGCAACAAAUUUCUACGAGUCUACAAGGUCUUGAACUUGGUGAGAACCACUGGGGGUCAAAUUGGUUAGACAGGUGGAUGGCUGUACGUCCAUGGGAAAACAGGUUACUUGACUGUAAUGCCAAAGAGAGUCUGCCAACGCAUGAAGAUAAGAAGGAUGAGGAAGCAAAUUCUCAGAUCACACCAAAGGGUAAAGUGUCAACUUCAAAUACUCCUGGUCUGAGCAAGAAGAAAGGUGUAAACCACAAAAAGUCAUAUUCAGAUGUUAGUUGUACUUCAUUUGCACGACAGGCAAAUGUAUUGCCAUCCACAUCUUUAGGAUCAUCCAAACAGAAGGCAAAGGUUACGGAUGAAGUUUUUGAGGAAGUCAGCUCCCAGCCAACAGAUAUAGGUUCUAAGGCUGUGCGCAAUCCAAAAGAUAAGCUUGUGCAAGUGAAUGCACCAGCCAAGAAGCGGUUAUCCCUCCCAAAUAAUGUUGGCAGGGAAGCAGGGAAGGGACCAACCCACAGGAAUUCGAUUAACAGGUCUGGUCCAAAAGCACAGGCAGACGCUCCUAACCAGGGUGGGGAGCCUGUUGAGUUACAGGCCUGAUAACACAUUCCUCCAAUUUGCAUUGGUAAGCCAUCCUAGGUGUGUUUCUCCAGGUGUGCAUGCUACAUAUGUUGUACAUAACAUUCUCAAACGGCAUCAUGCAUCUAGAUCUGGGCUGUGAUUCAUAUUUCUGUUGUGUAAUGUUGUGCCUUCUGCCUUGUGCGGUUUUUUGUUCCGCAUCUUCAAUUUUCUUGUGUUUUCACCUUCCCUGUAAGUUGUUCUAACUGCUGGAAGAAGGAACUGUGCUGUGUUGUGCUUGUGCGUUUGUGCCCUGAGAAUGAUCACAGUAUAUGCUUGCCUUUUCA